AUGAAGGACAUUAUUCUUAGUCUCGUCGCCGCAGCUCUUGUCAUUGCUCCUUCUGCGAGAGCACAAUGUCCCGACUACUUGGACUACUCACAGCAAAAGCACCAGCCAUAUAGCUCAGGCAAAUACCAACUGUCUUACAUGAGACCCGAGCCAGCAUGUCGGACCUUCAACUCGUCAAUUGUGGAGGACACAAUCAAGGAUAUGGAGUCCGUGAUCAAGGAUCCCGACUUGUACCGCCUCUUCCAAAACUCCUUCCCGAACUCUCUCGAUACCGCAGUCAAGUGGAAAGGAGUGGCCGCAAACAACUCAAAUGAGGAAUUGACAUUUCUCAUUACGGGGGAUAUCAAUGCAAUGUGGCUGCGAGACUCUGCGAACCAGAUGCAAAGCUACCUGCCACUUGUUACCGCAAACUCGAGCCUGAGCUCGCUCGCCAGCUUGUACCGAGGCGUGAUCAAUCUCCAGGCUCGAUAUAUCCUCGAAGCACCUUUCUGCAAUUCCUUCCAGCCACCAGUCGAGUCAGGUAUUGGGCCUUCCAAGAAUCAAGACACCCCCGACGACUUUACACCAGCGGUAUCCACCAACAUUGCUUUUGAGUGCAAGUACGAGUUGGACUCUUUGGCAGCCUUCCUAGAGCUCUCAACCGACUACUACGAAGCUACUAAUGAUAUUGACUUCUUCCGCAACUUUCAAUGGGUCGAUGCUAUCAAUACCAUCAUUGCAACCACCGAAUCCCUGCUCGGCGGCACGUACUCGUCGAAUGGAUCGGUCAACACACUUCCAUAUACUUGGCAACGUACAACUACAUCGGCAACAGAAACUCUUGACAACUCAGGGCGUGGAAAUCCAGUUCAAGCUAACACGGGUUUAAUACGUUCAGCAUUCCGGCCAAGUGAUGAUUCGACUAUAUACCAGCUCUACAUCCCAGCCAACAUGAUGUUUUCGCGCUACCUAGACUCAGCCUCUAAAAUCAUGGCCAAUAUAGGCAACCAGCGCAAUCUAGCCAACCACAUGCACAACUUCUCAGGCAGAAUCCGAGAUGCCAUCACCAAGCACGCUAUUGUGAACCAUCCAACUUACGGUUCGAUUUACGCUUUUGAAGUCGACGGAUACGGAUCACAAAACAUCAUGGACGACGCCAACAUCCCCUCGUUACUCAGCGCCCCUUUCCUCGGCUACCUCGACCAAAACGACAAGGUCUAUCAAAACACACGCAAGAUGAUCCUCAGUAAAGACAACUCGUAUUUCAUGCGCGGUCCCGUUAUCAACGCCGUCGGCGGUCCCCACGCCGGCUACGGCCAAGCGUGGCCCAUGGCGAGCAUCAUCCGAAUCUUCACAACGAACGACGACCAGGAGAUCAGAAACGCGCUGCAGGAAAUCGUAAGCAGUACAGAUGGAUUGGGACUUAUUCACGAGAGUAUCAAUAGUUUCGAUGCGCACAAGUGGACGAGACAGUGGUUUAGUUGGGCGAAUGGCCUGUUUGGACAGUGUUUGCUGGAUCUGAAGGCUAGGAAGCCCGGGGUUUUGGGGGCGAGCUUUCAGUGA